CUAUUAAAGUAUGUUAAUCCGGAAAUGGUCAUUUGGGAACCUCCACAACACAGGAGCAAGAAGACAUAAAAUGUAUUUAUUUGCUCGAGCAUGAUGCGGUAAUUAAUAGAUUGCGAUGUACCUCAAAGAAUAUAAAUUAACAGUUCUCCUUGGAUGUCUUGUGUUUUCAACAAUUCUGGCUACAGAAGACUUACCCAAAAGGAAUGGAGAAAAAUCUGACGUGGAAAUUGAUAAACAAAAUCAAGGCAAAAAUCGACUUGAAAGGCGAGUUGUUGAUGAUACAAAUGGAGAAGAAAUACACAAUAUACGAUCAGACAAAAAGGAAGAGGAAAGAGAGGAGCAUACAGAAAAGGAAGUCCAAAAUGAUAAGUUAACAAGUGAGGAUAAACCUGAUAUGAAGGAAAUUCCAGAUGAAAAACAAAAGAAUGAUGUGCCACAGGGAGAGAGAGAUGAUGAUGUGAAGGAAAUUGUUAAUAGCCCCAGCACAGGGGAGGAAACUAGUCAAAGUUUCUUUUCAUUUAAAAACUUUGUGAAAAGUUUAGUGAGCCCGGUCCUGGAAGAACUAGAAAAGGCUGAUGGUGGCUCUAAGUCUGAGAGUAAAGUAGUAAGUGAAGUGAAUGUCACCGAGUCUGUGUCAAACAAUGCCACAAAUAUAUCAGUUCCACUGACUGCAGAGGUAAAAAAUAAAACGGAUAAAAAGAGCAAGUUUACCUGCAUUGGCAGAAAUUAUACAACAGAAAAUGCAUCAGUUACAAUUGUUAAUAAUACUCAGUUACUUUCUAUUUUGAGUUUUGAUAAGAAUGAAACUGAGGGAGACUGUGUUCUUGUAUUAUUUUUUGUGCCGUACUGUAGAUUCUGUUCAAACAUGGCUCCAAGUUUCAAUGCUUUGGCAAGAGUGUAUCCUCAACUAAACAUUAUUGCAGUAGAUGCUGCUCAGUUUAGCAAUUUAAAUGCCAAGUUUGGAACUGUCUCUGUACCAAACAUUCUUCUGUUUCACCAGUCCAGAGCAAUGAUGAGAUUCAACAGCACAGAAAAAUCUUUUGAAAACUUGGUAUCUUUUGUAAAAAAUGCAACAGGUUUUGAACCUAAUACCACUGUGACAGUUAUGCCACAGGAUUAUGUAGGACCUUUACAGAGUGUUGCCACAGAAACAACAGAUUAUAUGCUGAUAGUGUCAUGGAUGUUUGUGAUGUCUUGUAGUGCCUUCAUGUUUGUACAAUCAAAUCUAGGACAACAAUGGAUAAACAAAGUCAAAAUACUGUGGCAAGAACACCAGCAUAUUGACUAGUCAGUUAACUUUACAUUUGUUUGCAUUCCCAAACCUAAUUUUGAUAAUUUAAUACAUUUAUUCUAUUUCUAGACAUAAAUAAUUAAAAAUAACAUCUAUGAAUCCUGGUUUAAAUACUUUAAUACAUUUGUUCUAUUUCUAGACAUCCAUAAUUUAAAAUUACAUGUAUGCUAAUUAUAAAACACCAAAGAAUACAAGAGAUGCAGAAGCUUCAUUCUUGAGCAAAUAUCUUUGUCCAAGUUUAUGAUAGAAAUAAAUACUUUGAAAUAAUA